UAUUGAAGAAAAUGACUUGAUUAAUAAAUUUUUGACUAAUGACUUCUUCAUCUGAGCUUAAAUUAAUAACUCAUCAUAUGGAGCGUUAAAGAGCUGCCUGUGCUGAGACCAACUCAGUUCUGGCUCCCCUAGUGAAUUAUAUCAAAGCCAUAUCUAUGCUCUCUAUUUCAUCCACCAAAAUCCGGAAACCAGAAAUUCAUAAACUAAUUUAAACUUCAAAAAUGUACAUAUCCAAACACAAUUGCACCAACCUAAAACUCAUCGCGAGGCUGCUGUUGGUGUUGCCUGUGAUCUGGUUCGGGGCAUGGUUGUGUCACCAGCCGAGCAGUGGGUGCCAGAAUAAGAGGGAACUAGGCGUGCCCCUCGUCGUAAUAGGGUCCCUCCUGCUCAUGUUUAACUUGGCUCAGCUUGUCCUGUGGUUCUUUCUUAGAAAGGAGGAAUCAGACCAACAAGCUGCUGAAGACUGCCUUGACAACACUGACAGAACCAACUUGGUUCAGCUGUUUGACUACAUCGGUUGUUGGGUGAAUGUGUUCUUUCUAGUGCUCUCACUCUACUCCGUUUUCUUGCUGAUCAAUACCACUGGUGGCCGUGGUGUUGCUGAUCACUACCCUAGGUGGCUUGCGGGUAAGGUCAACCACAACUGGCUCAAAAUAAAGCACUGUCUCGUGUCUGACAACAAGGUCUGUUCACCAUUCCUGGAUCAUCUGUAUGAGGGCGAGACCAACAAGCAGCCUAAAUACAGGCACUUCUCAUCUAUUCAGAAUGGUUGUUGCAAGCCACCCAGAGAGUGCAAUUUCACAUACAUUAGCCCAAGUAUAUUAUGGAGCAGGCCAUCAGAUGGUGCCACAUUGUUUGCAGAUAACCCAGACUGCGGCGAAUGGAGUAAUGACCCCAACACUCUUUGCUUCAACUGUCAGUCCUGUAAGGAUGGCUUCUUCCAUGAUUUGAGAGAGACUGGGAAGGAUGCCGGUAUCGGAAUCCUCGUGGUCAUUCUGUUAUUCGUCUUGCUCGCUUGUUGCCCCUGUUGCAGAGAAGCAAGUCCUCAACGUGCAAGCAAAGUUGACCAACUAUUGUUUGGCUCUAAUGUGUAGUAAGUAGUAACAUAAAACCCCUUAUCUUGGCCUUGUUUAUAAACAAUCCACAGAGCUUAUGCCUUUCGCUAGGACUUAUACAACCUAAAGUAUGCGAGUUUUUUGUGCUUGUAGGUUCUUUUUUUUUUGGGUGGAUCACUAGUGUACGAGCGUUUCAUAAUUAUUCAUUUUCUUUUGUUUUUCUUUGUAAAAAAUAAUUAGCCUUAGAGAAGAGCGAGUUAUAACAAAAUUUGCAAUUCAACUUGUGUGGACCUGAUUUACAGUAAAAUUAGUGUGCAUCAUGUUCACGCCAUGAAUCGGGACACACACUUCUAUAAUACACAGAAAUUCACUGUAUCGCAAAAAGAUACACCAUAUAAGAGAUAAAUAUACUAUUCCUAUCUCAAACAAAUACACUAUAACACAUAGAAACGCUAU